AUGGUCUCGCAACAUCAACGCCCCCGACCGAGAACGUCGCCGCUCUUGUGUCUCUCGUUGGCCUGUGCCUCCGUAGUCGAGGUGCGUCUCUUCUACCGAAUGAGAGUGAGAUCGGGUUGGCUGACGCUGCAUCACCCGUGAUCUGUGUGUGUGUGUGUCCGAUCGAAUCGCCGCCUGUGCUUCUUCCCACUCACCUCGCCCGUCCACCACACGCCGCCGCCUCGCCGUCGCACGCGCCGCGCCACGCCUACCACACACACACGCCCCAACUACGCCCACACCACCUCCGCCCGCCCCACCCCCGUCACGCACAUUACACCACACCACACCCACACCACACCACUCUGCACACCUUCCAGGCCGCCCUGACACUGCAGGCGCCCGCCACUUUGACCACCUGCCAACCAGCUUCUUUCAACUGGACAGGCGGAUUGCCCUAUUACACCCUCAACGGUCAGUCGUCCGGACUCCGACCGCCGCGCGAGCCAACUCACCGAGGCCAUGGCCGACGCACGCAGGAGACUGAAAAUCCUUCUUCCUGCCUACCUUUCUGUCACAGUGGGUCCCCAGGGCAACACCAACCUCGAACAAUACAUCCUCACCACCAAAGCCUACGACUGGCAAGUCGACUACCCCGCCGGGACCAUCGUCAAUGUCCGACUCGACUCGGGCGCCGUCAGUCCAUUUCCUACAUCUUUCGCUAUCUGUCUGCCGGUCCUGACGUCGGUUUUUAUAAAUUCGGACAGGCCUAUGCACCCGCUUAUGCCUAUGCCGGUAGCAUGAUCGUGCAAGCAGGCAUAGAUGACUCUUGGUCGGUCCCUCCUCCGCUACCCUCGCAGUGAUACGUGAACCUGCGCUCACUGUCCUACUCGAACGUCUUACAGCGUCCCUGCGUCGCACCAAAACCUCUCCACCUCCGCCACCCUCACCAAGUGAGUUCACGUUCGACGCGGGGAUCCUCGGCGCUCGAGUUCUUGUGCUGAUCUAAUUUUGCUCCUCUUUUGCAGUCCUGUAAGCGGCCCCUGACCAAGCGAAAGUUACCCAUCGCCCGUAUUUGGGAGCCACAGCUGACCUCAGACCCCUCUCCGCGACACUCAAGAUCACUUUCACGACCGUGCCGACGAACCUCUCGUCCUGCACGUCCGCCACUUGGGCGUGGACAGGUGGAUCGGCCCCUUACACCGUCACUUGUACUUCACUUUCCUCUCGAUGUUUCACAUUCACUGGCCACCCUCAUUUACAGAUGCCCUUUUACUUCCGCAGUCAUUGCCCUCGACUCGGCCGGCAUGGUCGACACUUUCACCACCAACUCACCGACCUACACCUGGGCACCGACCUACCCCGGAGGUGCGUUGCAAAACUCGUCCCGUCAGGAUACUUUUGUGCACGGGGCAAGGUUGUGGAUGUUGAUCCUUUUUUGAUCGGUCCGACAGGUGUCACACUCUUGAUGACGGUCGCCCCUGGGAGCUACGUCAACUCGCAGCAAGCCUUCUUCAAGACCAUGUACAUCUACAAUGGCACCGACAGCUCUUGGUCAGCCUCUUUCACGUGCCGCUUGCCCGACUAAAGUUGAGCGCUGGAUCUGACCAAACCGAGAGUUUUCACAGCAUCACGCGACAACACCUCCAAAACGCGACGCGCACCUCGCCCCCUCCUUAUGUCGCGCCCGUUGUCUCGAGCUCGACCCGAUCCCCCAAGCCGACCGCGACGGCCUUUGUUUCGGGCAACCGAGCCACGGUUCAGGACUCGCUUUCGGCCGGAGCGAUCGCCGGCAUCGUCGUCGGUAUUCUCGGCCUCGGGUUGAUCUACCUCAGCUUCUUCAUCAUCCGACGACGACAACAGAGGAACAGGAUGCGUUUCGGCAACGACGGUACCCCCUCGUCCUUGAUGAGGUUGGACAGCAUCGAGGUUGAGCAGGAACAGAGACCCGUUUUGGGUGGACGUCAGGGGCCUUCGACCGGUACUUCGGGUGCGAGUGGAGCCGCUCGACCGGCGGGUGGGAAUGCACCGAGCGUGUUGAGGAAGUAA